AUACCCAGACUCGCAGCCUCCUGGCUCUGCAAAGCUCCUCAUUUUUGCAGAAAUUACAAUGUCGACCAGCCGCAAAUUAAAGAGUCAUGGCAUGAGGAGGAGCAAGAACAGAUCUCCUCACAAGGGAGUGAAGAGAGGUGGCAGCAAAAGAAAAUACCGGAAGGGCGGCCUGAAGAAUAGGAAACGAGGCGAUGAUGCCAAUCGCAAUUACCGCUCCCACGUGUGACCCCACUAGUGGGCUCUGCCCUGGUGGACUUCAAACAACACCAGGCAGCAACAAGAGGACAACAGAAGGAGGACUGCCAAAGAGACCUGAAGUUAGAUCAAAGCCAAAGAACCUAUCCUAUGGGUAAAAUACCAAUCGUGAUUGAAAUGAGGAAUGUAUAAUGUUGGCUGUUUCUCCCCAACAUCUCAAUAAAAUGUUGAACACUGAAAA